AUGUCUCGUGCUGCCGACCUUCAAGGAUCGCUCCCCGAGCAGGAAUCCUUGCAUCAGAAGGAAGGAAAAGUUUCCAAGAAAGAAAAGAAGCGUAUUCGGAGAAAACUCAAGAUGGAUGCGAAGGCCGAGAUGAUCAAGCAAGAAGACCCCGAGAUGGUUAGACAGGAACAGCCCGUCGUCAAGCAAGAGCAAAUCGAGCGCUCGGCAGACGCCGACACGGCUAUGGACCACGACUCUGAGAGCGAGUGGGAGGGCUUCCCUGACCCGCCCACCUCGCCUACGCACAUGAGUGCCGUCGUCUCGCAGUCCAGCGUAGGCAGCAGCGUCGUCGUCGACGAACCGGCGAUCGAGGGCAAAUUUGGCAUCGGCGCGCUGCAGGAAAGCAUAGCGCACCAGUUCCCGGGAGAACCCCGUCCGGCUACCCACGUCCUACUGGAUCUCCUCGACGGUCCUGCCCUCCGCGGCCUCGCGGCCCCCUCCCGGCCGGGCAACCACACCGUCCACCAGCUCGCCCUCGGGACGCGCCUCUGGUUCGACGAUUACAGGGGCAAGCAGAUUCGCCUGGGCGUCGUGCGCAAGAACAAAGACCCCGUCAUUGACAUGUCCGGCGGCCGCCGAAACGGUAUCCUCUGGAUCCGAGCUAUCGAAGCUAGUCCAUCCCAGCCGGGACAGAAACCCACCAAGUUUCGGGGAAUACAAUUUAUCACUGCGGAUAUCCGCCUGUACGAGAAGGAGUCCGCGAAGACGAACGGCGGCAUCCACUGA